UUUUUUCACGUCACUUCCACUAAUCAAAAUAAAUUGGCACAGUGAAUUGCUGAAAUGUUUUUUGAUCUGUAAAACAAGAAAUGUUUGCUAAUAUUUUCAUCUUCUAGUUCCAAAAAUUUUAAAUUAAUGUAUACUUGUCUUACGUUGCGUGUCCGAAAUUUGAUAACACGUAAUAUCAUCACAAAAAGCUUUUACCGGAUUAACUACAGCGGUUCACUUAAUUUAACAAUGGAAUCUUCAAAAAUUAAGCUUUCAGAAAGGCUUUCUUCAUUAGUCCGGCCAACACAUUAUAAUCUCUUUCUACGCCCAGACUUGAAAACGGGUCAUUUUGAGGGGAAAGUGAAAAUAGAUAUUACAACAAAGGAAGAAAAAAACUAUAUAAAUCUUCAUACAAAGUUUCUAGACAUAACUUCAGUGAAAGUUUUUAAAAACGAUGAAGAAAUUGAAGUAGUAAAGUACAAUGAAAUCAAGCAAAUAGAACAGAUUUUAAUAAACUUUGAUAAAACUCUUGAUAGGGGUGUAUACAAAAUUGAAAUUGAUUUUAAUGGUGAUUUAACUCAAAGUUUUGUUGGAUUUUAUCUAUCUAGGUUAAACAACAACCGGACAAUGGUGGCAAGUAAAUUUGAACCCACUUAUGCUCGUCAAGCUUUCCCAUGUUUUGAUGAACCAGAUUUCAAAGCUACGUAUGACAUAACUUUAGUUAAGCCAGUAUCUUAUGUCGCUCUUUCUAACAUGAAUGAAAUAUCAAGUGAACCUGAAGACAAUGGAAAGACUGAAAUUGUUACAUUUGCAACAAGUGUACCAAUGUCUACUUAUCUAGCUUGUUUUGUUGUUUGUGAUUUUGAUUUUAAACAAAAUGAAAUUAACACUAAUGGGAUCGGAAAUAAUUUUAUCCUUAGAUCAUUUGCACAAAAAGAUCAAAUGCACAAAAUAAACUUUGCCCAAGAUAUUGGAAAAAGGGCAACAGAAUUCUACAUAAAAUAUUAUGAAGUGCCUUUCCCUUUGCCAAAGUUAGAUAUGAUAGCCAUUCCUGAUUAUGUUUCUGGUGCAACUGAACAUUGGGGUCUGAUAACAUAUAGAGAAACAUCUUUUCUGGUGGAUGAGGCUACAGCUUCUUCGAUAAAUAAAAUCAAUGUUGCUAAUACCGUGGCACAUGAACUUGCUCAUAUGUGGUUUGGUAAUUUAGUUACAAUGAAAUGGUGGGAUGACUUAUGGCUUAAUGAAGGAUUUGCGUCAUACAUGCAAGCGAAGGCACUGAAUGCCAUAGAACCUUCUUGGACAACGAUGGACCAGUUUUUAACUAAAACCAUGCACUCUGUAUUAGUGACUGAUGCAAAACUGUCGAGUCAUUCAAUAGUGCAAACAGUGGCGACACCCGAUGAAAUCACUGCUAUUUUCGAUUCGAUUUCUUACAAUAAGGGUGCUUCAGUGCUACGUAUGUUGGAGGGAUUUAUUGGUGAGGAGAAUUUCCGUCGCGGCGUAUCUGACUAUUUAAAGAAAUAUAAAUAUGGCAAUACCGUCACACAGGAUUUGCUUUCAUGUUUGGAACCCUAUUUUAGAAAGGAAUAUCCGGAUCUUGAUAUAUUCUACAUCAUGGAUACUUGGACCAGGCAAAUGGGUUAUCCAUUACUUACAGUAGAGAAAGGUGAUGACGUCAACCAAUAUGUUAUUACACAAAAACGUUUCCUAUUAGAUCCAGAAGCAAUUUCUCCAAAUGAUACUGAAUUCAAGUAUCGUUGGUUUGUACCGAUUACUUAUACAAGUAGUAACGGCCCUAGCAAAAAUAUUACUUGGUUUCCAGAUGCAAAGGAGAAAGUGCAUUUAACUGUUGAAGAAGGUGGAAACUGGGUAAAAAUAAAUAAUAACCAAGUAGGUUAUUACAGAGUCAACUAUCCAUUAGACUUAUGGCAGAAACUCAUUGAGCAACUCAAAGCAAAAUCGGCACAGCUGAGUAUAUCAGACAGGUCACACUUGUUAGACGAUGUGUUCGCGUUAGCAGAAGCACGCGUGGUCCCUUACGAUAUAGCAUUGUCCCUCAGCUCAUAUUUGCGCGUAGAGGAGGACUAUGUGCCAUGGGAGACUGCCGCCAGUAUCUUUAAAUCGCUUUCUGACAGACUGGCUAAUUCACUAUCCGACAAUUUGAAUAUUUAUGUACAACAACUUGUGAAACCUUUAUAUGAGAAACAAAGUUGGCAAAAAACAAAACUUGGUGUUAUUGAAAGUCUACUCCGAACAAGAAUCUUAGCGCUGGCGACUCGUUGCCAGUUGCCCGAUGCUGAGGCUAAAGUAAGGAACAUGUUCCUUACUUGGCUGAACAGCCAUGACACUGAUAAUAUCGUCACCAUAGAAACGGAUCUGCGUGACCUUGUAUAUUACUAUGGUAUGAAAUCAGCAACUCAUCAGGAAUGGGAUAAACUAUGGAACAUAUAUCUGAAAGAGGAAGACGCUCAAGAGCAAACCAAACUGCGUCAUGCGCUCGCGGCUCCAAGAGAUACCAGUAUACUUCGAAAAUAUUUAACGUUAGCUUGGGACGAGAAGAACAUUCGAAGCCAAGAUUAUCUAAACGUGGUCGGUUAUAUUAGCAAUAAUCCAUCGGGCACAGCGCUUGUGUGGGAGGACGUUAGAACGCGGUGGACCGAGCUGGUGAAUAGAUUUACCCUCAACAGCCGGUACCUUGGCAACUUGAUACCGUCCAUUACAGACUCCUUUAACACACCGCUGAAAUUGAAAGAGAUGGAAGAGUUCUUCGAACAAUACCCUGAAGCGGGUGCUGGAGAGGCAUCGAGACGCCGCGCACUAGAGACUGUCAGGAACAAUAUCAAAUGGACUGAUCACAACCAAGCUUCUGUUCUGGAUUGGUUAAACAAUCAUCAGCAACUCUAGUUCACUUAAAAAUAAAGUUUAGUUUUGAGCGUUUUUAGCUGUUUAUCAUAAAGAUACUAAACCUAAUGUUUUGUCAGCGUAAAAUAUAUGUCGGUAUCAAUGAUCAGAGUAGGUAGAUUGAUUUUUAAAAUUUGCGUCAUAAAUUCUCAUAGAAAUAAUAAAAUUGAUAAGAUAUUUUUUAUCCAAAAAAUUAGUUAUUGCUACCCAACUCAAAAUUGAAAGUAAAAUAUAAAAAUUGUUUAAAUUAAAUUAUUUACCCUGGUAUAUAUAGUAUUAUAUAUCCUAUUGCUAUUUGAUUCUAUUUUAUUCUUUGAAAAUUCCGAAGGAAUGUCCAUAGUCACAUCAACGUUUCCGAUCAAUGACUAAUUCAAUCUACCUACAUAUCAUUGGAUAUUUUAUAAACAUCAAUAUCUUGAUGAAUUAUAUUUUUUUAUAGGCAAAAAUAAAAUAUAAUGAUUUAUUUUUAUACGGUUUAUAUUUCGUUUUAAAAUUUUACUAAUAAGUACAUGACGACAUCAAUUUAAUAUCCGGGACAGUAGUCUUCGGU